ACAUUUUAAAACUAAAAACAAAACAGAAAAAAGUGAUAAACAAAUGCAUGCUGUGCGCUAUCAAUGCAUGUGGUGUCCAGUGAGCGCUGGACAAAAGCAGCAACACCAACACAGCCAAGCAAAGGAGCAGGUGGCACAGUUGUGGGUCAACUGGACAAUAUACGCAAUAAACUGACGCCGCCAACGCUUGCCCCUGCCUGUCCAUAAGGAUGCUGGCUUACAAUGUGGCCCGCCGCACUGACACGCCUGCUAAGACGACGCAUACUCCUGAUAAUCUUUGCCCUAAUUGCCAUUAUCUACAUCUUUGGUAAUCUCUUUGAUCGGAAUGGUGCUUUUAAUGCGCUGCACUACGAUGAGUAUACGGUGCAGCGAACGCGUCCGCUACUGUGGCAGAAAAUGCUUCUGCCGGAGGAACAUCUCAAUCGUACCCAUGAUCCGGAGCUGCGCUGUCGGAACUCCGUGCAGGGACGUGAGCUGCUGGCCGAUGAGCGGGGAUUUGUGUGCCGACGGGAACAGAUGCUCUCCAAUGGGUGCUGCAAUUUGGAAUUGGCCGACGUCAGCUACUACAGCUGCCACACCUGCAAUGCCAGCUCCCAUUGCUGUGCCAUCUACGAGUAUUGUGUAUCAUGUUGCCUGCAUCCGGACAAGCGACCGCUGCUCGAGCUGGUCCUACGCUCCCCCAAUGGCCAGAAAUAUAUCUAUGCCACAGUCGAGGAUCAUUUCGAGCUGUGUCUGGUCAAGUGCCGCACCAAUUCACAUUCGGUGGAGCACGAGAACAAGUAUCGAGAUGAGGAGGCCAAGCAUUGCUAUGGCACAACGGAAGCCCACGAAUCACAACGCGCUGUAGCACCCGGAGGCGGGCAGCAUUAACAGAGAAACGCUUACAUUUACAAACUUACAAGCCAAGGUAUUUGUUUGUUUGUCUCAGUUAAGUGCCCGAUGUCGUCUACCUCAUAAUCGUCCAAGUCCAAGUGUCACUUGGAGGUCGCAAGCAUCAAAAAGACUUCGAUCUUGGCGAGCUUCAUUUUUCUGAACAGCUGGAAGCCACUGCACAUUUUAUAUACGCUAUUUAUACAUAAAGAUCUACGCUCAAUACGUAUUCGUAAAAGAGGUUCAGUAGAAUGCGCGUGUACAUACAUACAUAUGUACAUAUGUACAUACUAUAUAGUCAUGACGAUAGCUGCAUUUCAAUAUUCAGACGCCCUCAAGAAGUGAAAAGGCUAUACAUUUUUUUAAUUUUUUUUUUUUUUUUUAAUAUAUUGUAACUUAGUUUAAUUGGUUUGUAGUUGCUGUAGAGCAACCACCAUUGAUUUAAGCAUAUUGCCAAAUUCUUGGUUAAAUUGUUAAGUUGAUUAAGUUUUUUGCCAUUGUAAAAAAUUGUGUACGUAAGUCUGAUGUUAGGGAAAAGCAUCACAGUCUGCACAGUGAGAUAUGAUUUCCAUGACGGAACGAUUAGAUAUAGAUAUACACACGUCGAUCGAAAUCGCAGCUGCUCUCUCAACGUUCCAAAAACAACAAGUACUGGAACCAAUUGAAUCGGACAAACCGUAUUAUGUAGCUGCUAGGAUGCUAGAAUGAGGGAACGACCGAAUAACUUCAUUAAUUCUUAAGACAGGCGAAUAUUUCGACCAACUACAUAUAUGCCAUGAUUGGGCGAAACAAGGUCACCAUGUUAUUCAAUCCAUGAAAUUUCGACCACAACAUUGAAUAAUGACUGCAAAAGUGCUCAGGCAUAUUCAAUAUCCAAAUGAACUUCAUUUAGAGAGGAGGGUGCUUCCGUAGUCCAUAUUUUCUUGCCCAUAUCGGUAGUAAUGAGAAAUGACUUUAGAAUAUAGCUUAAGGGAAUCAAGAGUGAGGGAAUAGCUUAAGGCAGAAUUGUGGAAUCGUUAGUAGUAAGGCAAAGUUGCUUAUACUAUUUAAUUUUUAGCUGUGCGGUUAAAUUAAUUUUAAUAAU